UGUAUGGUAUAUUAUCUACCGUGUCUUGAAUGUACCGUACCUAUCUACUUACCACUACUUACACCUAUUUCCCUAGCCACUUGCAAUAUAAUGUUUUAAUUUUGGUUUUAUUCGUUUUAAAAAGUUAUUGUAAAGUUAAUCAAAAGUUUAUUUACAAAAUAUACAGAAUUUAUCCAAAUCUAGUUUUUUGGUUACCAAGAUAUUUUAUUAUAGUGAGGAUAGGUACUACAAACAUUGCAGUGAAUCAGUGAAGUCAUUUUAAUGUGGUGGAAAAUCUUUUGUUGUUGAUUCUACAAUUAUUUAUUGCCUUAUUGAUUGAAUAUUAUAAUGAAUAUUGAAUUUAAUAGUGUUAAAUGGACAAUGAAGUGCUUUGAACGAAAAUAUAAGUGUUCAGACGAUGCAUAAUUGUGAGUUCAUGAUGACUGGAAUGUAAUACGUGCUUGGUUGUUUAGUUUAUUCCAGCGAAGUUUCGUCUUAAAUAGAGAAGAUGGCCGUUAAGAAACAUGAGUUGGUUGCUGAUAACCGCAAUCAACUAGAUUUGGCUGCUCUGGCACAGUACUUCCAACUGAUGAAUGAACAACCAGGCUAUUUGCCACCACCUCAAGAACUCAUCAAGCAUUGUCAUGAUAUAGUCAAGUGUCUAGCACGCACAGCAGGAACUGUGGAUCAACUUUGGCAAUUGUUGCAACCAGUGGAACAUUUCUUACUUCGGGUUGUGACAACAGUCCACUGCAAUGUUCGUCAUGAAAUUUUCACUGCAAUUCUUGAUAAAUUUUAUUCAUAUAUUUCCGACCCACAAUCUGAGGCAUGCCCAGCAACUGCGGCGGUUUUAAUAGUCAUAGAUCAAUCCGACGAGGAGGCCGCUCUGUCGUCAGCCCGGUGGUUGGUCCAGCGAACUGAAAAUGGGCCAUCUGGAGCUGGUCUCCGUGCAGCCCUGUCAUGUCUCUACCGCUGGCUACAUGAUUGGCACAGUACACCCGCACUCGGUUUCUGGAUUGUAUCAUACAUUAAAGCUUUAGAAGAGAACGAUCAUCACGACCUUCUUAUAGAGACCAGCCUAGAUAACCUGGCUAGGCUAUUCUCCUGCUUGGCUAACCUGCAGCCAAUCCACCAAAAUACCGCCAAUGUUAUAUUCCAUGUUCUCACCUCACUUCGCGAAUCUGUAGAAGCUUUUGAUAGGAUAUCAUCAAUGGUGGGCGACGUGCUCUUGAACCUCGCCUCUGACAGCGGGCCAUGGAGUCGACAGCUCCUUCAAGACCUAGUUGACAUACUGACAGUGAUGGUUGAGCGGAUCACGGGUUGCCUCAAAGGCGAAGCGCAGGAAAUGUUCCGCGAUAAAUAUGCUGAUGUGAUAUUGUGUUUAAAAAGACAUUUGGAGUCGAGAACUUCAAAAUUUCUACAAAUGGCUCCUUGGCGGAGACGCCGUGGUGCUUCCGGCAAGACCAAUAAUGCAGUCAAGAAAAAAGUCGGUUUGAUGAAUCUCGGAAAUACCUGUUACAUGAACAGCGUUGUACAAGCACUGCUGGUGACACGAUUAUUCAGCUCGCAUGCACUGCGCAGAGCGCUCACCGUCCCGUAUUGGGAGAUGAUGGGCCAACUUUUUGCUCACAUGCUGUACUCUAACAGGACUAAGCUUAAUCCAGAUAGGUACUUUAAGUACUUACGACCUCCGUUCUUCUCACCGAACAACCAACAUGACAGCUCUGAGUUUUUAGGAUACCUGCUGGAGUUGCUCCAGUCGUAUGAACACUCAAGGGAAACAAACCAUGACUAUACCCUGCCGCCGGUACUAAAUGGCGCAAACCGCUGGAGAAUUCAGUCUCAUGUUCAGCUAUCGCCACUUCCCUCAUCAGGUGACGAACAAAGCGAACCUGAACAAAGCCGGAGCUCCCUUUCGCCACGUCCCGGCAGCAGUGGUGGUCCCGAUGCGACCGGAAGUAAGCGCGCCGCCCCGGAUGACGAAGAUAAAGCACAACCGCCCAGGAAAAGGAGCCGCACAGGCGAAGUGGCUCUUGCACGCCGCGAUUCAAUAAUUGAUAGUUUGUUCGGGGGAGUGUUGCGCACACGGGUGCAGUGCAUCGUCUGCAACUCCUCCUCGUUGUCGCGUGAUGUAUUCCGCGAUCUGCAGCUUUCGUUCCCGGAGAUGCCAGAGGGCCGCCAGCAGCAUAGCGUGCAAAGCCUGCUGAACUUCUAUUGCUCGGAAGAAAGUCUUACGGGCGAUAAUCAAUAUUUGUGCCACGACUGCGGAGGCCUGCGGGACGCAGAGCGGCGAGUUCUUAUAGAGGCCUCGCCGAGAUAUCUAAUUCUAGUGCUGAAGCACUUCAAGUUUGAUGCAAAAACUCAAGAACAAACGAAGUUGAUGCACUCUGUGUACUACAAUAACAACGUAACUCUGCCAACGAUCCGCACGCAGGGCAUUCACGCUUCUUAUAAUUUGUUCGCGGCAGUCGUUCACUCAGGAACAACUCUGGACUUGGGCCACUAUUACACUCUCGCUAAAGAUAAUGAUAUCUGGCAUAAGUAUAAUGAUUGUAUUGUGUCGCCUAUCGACGAAAGCCAUUUGAACAAAUUAAGCAGAUCAAGUACACCAUACAUCCUGUUUUACCGCCGGGCUGAUGUAGAUGAACCGGUGGUGCCGCGCAUGGAGGAGCUCCCGCGUACGCUUCAAGAUGAAAUUACGGCGGAAAAUAAAAUUCACGCGAAGCAACCGCGAAAAGUGCGACAAGGACGCCAGUGACAAUUAAAGUCUGAUAAACGCUCCCAUUUCGUGAUUAAUAAGGUGCAUCGAGUGAGAUAAAAAAUCCAAUUAAUUGUAAGUCGUAGUACAUAAUUAAACGUAACGCUCGUUUUUUUUGAAAGAUGCUAUUUAUACUUUUGUUCCUGUCGAUAGCGGUAUAUUGACAGUUAAAGACAUUUUCGCCGAAAAACAGAUUUCAAAACUUUACAGUCAUUUUGUCAAAAAAUACGUUACUACGAAAUACGUUUACUUUAUGGUAACAACAAUCUAAUGCAUACUGGCUGUAAGAUAUUUCUACGAUAAGUAUGUACAUUCGUUAAGUUAGUUUCCUAUGAGUUGUUAAAUGAAAUACGUUUACUUUAUGGUAACAACAAUCUAAUGCAUACUGGCUGUAAGAUAUUUCUACGAUAAGUAUGUACAUUCGUUAAGUUAGUUUCCUAUGAGUUGUUAAAUGAAAUAAGUCUAUUUACUUUAUAGUAACAACAAUCUAAUGAAUACUGACUGUAAGAUACGAAUAAUUAAACAGAUAAGAAUAAUUUGUACAUUCGUUAAGUUAGUUUCCCACGAGUUGUUAAAUGAAAUACAUCUAUUUACUUUAUAGUAACAAUAAUCUAAUGCACACUGUCUGUAUGAUAUUUCUAAAAUAAGUACCUAUGUACAUUCGCUAAGUUAACUUGUUAUGUAAUACAGUUUACAUGUAAUACUAUUUACAUGUAUAUACUAUUUACUAUGUAAUAACAAUAAAUAAUGAAAUGUUACUGUUAUGACAAAAUGAAUGUAAAAAAAUAUCUAUAACGUCAUAACUUCGUGGUAAUAUAAUUUCAUGCCAUAGUAUUUGCUGUAGCGGCAGGAUUUUUCCUAAAAGUCGUCGACUUCUCAUUAUUACUUUCAUGACAUUAAUUGCUGUCUCAUAUUAUAUUUAACUCCGGUGUCAUGUUUGUUAACUUUCGGCAACUUCAAUAAUAUAACAUUUUUUUUUUGAGUAAGGCAAUUCUACACUAUUUUCGAGAUACCAUGAUUAUACGUGACCGUUCAAAAUUGGUAGUAAUAGUGAUGCGACCUAACUAAAUCCACGCCAUAUUUUUUAGUAUUGAAGAAGUUAACAAGGACUAGUUGGUAUAGGUUAAAUGGUUUUUUUGAAUCUUUUUUUAUAUAAUUUAACCAAUACUUUUUUAAUUUUUGUCUGAAUGAUCUAUUCUAUAACCUAUUAUUUUUAUCACCCAGAUCAUGGUCACUUAAAAGUAGUAUAAAUAAGGGCCGAUUUUUCAAUCGUCAAAUAACUUUGAUCUGGGAAAUAAAUUUGACGUUUGACAGAUUUCCUAUACAAAAGCUGUCAAACUAAAACGACAAAAAGUGUGAGUGCCGAUGUCACGUUUGUUAGCUUGGAAAAUCUACAUCUGCGCACGCGUACGAAGGAACCAACGCGCGUAAUGAUUACAUAAUAUGGACUUGUUCACGAGUGGGCUGCGAGCAGUUCGUGUGCAUGUUGUAGGUACAAGUCACAGCGCGCACAUGACGAACAUACAGAAACAGUGACGCGUCCAUAGUUGUACGACGCGACGCGCUUGCGUGCACGGUUCGUAGGUAUGCGUGCGCAACUGUGGAACUACAUUCACAUCGCGAAUACGCUUCGCGUUUCUCGUGCCACUUCUUAAACAAGUGACAGUGCCUUAUACUUUGCAAUAAAUUAAUUAUAAUUUCUUAAGUACCAUAAUAUUUUAGUCGGUAUACAAACUGCGUUGAUCGCCUCAAUUGUAUCUUAUAAUUGAAAAAAACACUCAUGUGUUAAUAUUGUUGCUAUACUUGCGGCAUCGUGAAAUGUCACCUUUGACGACGUCUGCGGCAACUCAUUCUCUCUGAUAGUGCGCGACGGGUUGAGAUGGCAACCAGUCAUUGCCAUCUCAGCCUGUCGCGUACUAGCAAUAAUUUAUUACAUAGCCUAAUUAUACUGUUGAUUUGUGAUGUGAUAUUUACUAAGGACAUAAUUUUUAAAUGUAAUGAUUUCUACUUUGUAAUGUAAUGAUUGGUUCUAUACGUUACUACAAUUACCCGAAAAGUAACUGACGAUUGAGUUUGGCAUUUGAGUUGCUCAUCAUAAAACAUAAGAAGUCGAUGUUCUGCUGCAAAAUUGUUUUCUAGAAUUAGAUAGAAUUGAUUAAUCAAUUUGACAUAAUAUGUAUUCAACGACAUGAUUAAACAUAUUUCUGACAUAUCUGUAUAGACUUACUUACUAUAUGUAUUAAUACAAUUACUCGAAAACUAGUUAGAAACUAACUGACGAAUGAACUUGGCAUUUUUAGUUGCAUACCAAAUUAUUCUUUGCACUUACAGAUUUCACAUUUUUUCUUUAUUAAAUUGUCAUAUUUUCUCAUCACUGAAUGCAAUUCAAUCUAUCCUAAGAAUAUCGAUUAAUCAAUUUUUUAUGAUUAGUCUCUUUGAUUAUAUCGCGCAGCGCGCUUAAAUUCUUUUUAUGACAUUCAUUCGGUAUUGUG